UACAUGUACUCUUAUCUAUACUCUACGAUGCACACAUUGUUUACCUCCAGCCUCGAGUACCUUGUUACAGUUGAGUGUCCCUAAUAAUACCUACUCAUAUAUAAGAAUGGAGACUUUAGGCAAUAUGCAUGUACUUGUCGUCUUUUUCCAAAUGAUGUGUUGAAUAAAACUGAGAUUGCUGCAUAGUGCGGAUUGCUCAAAUCAUUCUGUGUUGAUGUCGUCUUCACUGAGUGCUUCAAAUACAAGUGUCUGUUAGCAAACUUUGGAACGGUUAAACGGAUGCCACCAAUCCAAAUUUCGGUCAAAAUAGUUAAUGGUGCUGCAAAUGUAUUUAUACGCGCGGUAUUGACCUGAAAACACCUUAAAUAAAUCACCUGAUUAUUGCGAGACUAACUUUUCCAGAACGCGAUAGUACAAAGUGCAGUCAAAAUCAUUCAGAAUUCCCCUAUAUUUUAAGCCGAUCUAUUCCAAAAAUCAAAGGUGAAAAUUUCUUGACGUUUUAAAAAAGGUUGUCUCAUGUCGUGAGGGGGGUGUAAGUAAUUGAAAAGAAGAUACGGGUCACAUUCUUUAUUCACGAUGUUUUUCCUUCAUUUUUAUGUAAUUUUAAUUUUAAUGAGCGCGUCUUUGGAUGCUUUUAAAAUCCUGGUGCUGUAUCCUUUUCCUUCCCUUAGUCACCAGCAGGGUAUCAUGGCUUUAACAGAGAGACUCGUUAAAAAGGGCCAUGAGCUCUAUGUAAUCAGUCCAAAUGCAGUUCCCGGGUUGGAAAAACACGAUAACUAUACCUACGUAAAUACGUCGUUCGCUUACGCAUACAUCCCGGAUGAGAAUAAUGCUGACGAGGAGGUGGUGAAUUUUCAGCGCCAUUGGUCUAAAUGGGAAUUUCCGAAAGUAUGGAAAGCGUUUGCUGAUAUUCCGCGGAGGCAACUCUUGAGUGAAGCAUUUUUGCAAUUUGAUCGGCGCGUGACGUCAGAGCAAAUUCACUUCGAUCUCGUCAUCGCAGAGGCGUUUUUCCUUCCAUACGCGUGUGCCAUUCUAAGGAACGCCACGAAAUCGGCCCCGAUCAUCACCAUGACGUCACUAAUGACCGAGUUCAUGACAGAGGGGGCCCUCGGUAGCAUCGAGCACCUCUCUUUCUUACCGGGGUAUUACAGUGCCUACACCGACCGCAUGUCUUUAUUGCAGAAAGUGGACAACUGGAUCGCUCAUUACUACGUUACAGGUGACCUGUUCAAACACCUGGACAAAUCUGUGUCGAGGUUUUGUAGAGAGUUCUAUGGCCCCGGGUUUGAGAAUAUUGCGAGUGGAUGGAGGUCUCGGAGCAGUUUGACAUUGAUAGCAUCCAAUCCGAUGUAUUUUUACCCGCGACUUCUUGGACCGAAUGUCAUCGAAACAGGUCCUUUGCAUUUUAAGCCACUGAAGAAACUACCGCAGAAUUUACAAAACUGGCUUGAUGGGGCUGAAAAAGGAGUCAUUUACUUCAGUCUUGGAUGCAAUAUGAGGGGCAAAUCUUUAGAUGCAAAUAUAUUGGCUAAUUUCUUAAAAUUAUUUGCAGAACUGCAACCACUAGGUUAUCGAGUCCUUUGGAAGUGGGAGGCGGAUGAAGAAAUUCCAGGACAAUCAAACAAUAUUUUAGCUCAAAAGUGGAUUCCACAACAUAGUGUUCUAGCUCAUCCGAAAGUCAAAGCUUUUAUCACGCAAGGUGGGCUCCAAAGUUUUCAAGAGGCAGUUCAUUACGGCGUUCCUCUUGUGGGAGUCCCUUUCUACGGAGAUCAUGCUAACAAUGUCCUCAAAAUGGUAGACGCAGGUAUCGGAACUCAGCUACUGCCGAAAAAUCUUGACUCUUACGAGGACAUAAAGGCAGCCCUUCAAGCUGUGCUCUACGACGACAAAUAUACCAAGAACAUGAAUAGACAUUCGGCAAUUUCCCACGACUUUACCUCGCGAGCCAUGGACCAAGCAUUAUUUUGGGUCGAGCAUGUGGCUAGACACGGAGCAACUCACCUGAGGCCAUCAACCGCAGAUGCCUCUCUUUUCGAGUUCUUCUGCUUGGACAUUAUCUCUGUGAUCGCAUUUUUGAGUAUAUUGUUCCUAUACAUUGUAUAUUUUCUAUGUAGGUCUAUAAUUGCAAUGAUCUGUCAAAAAUCUAAAGCAAAAAUAAAGUCAUCUUAGUAUGAUGGUUAAUAAUCUACGUGAGGGCUUAUGAAUUAAUGACUUGAUAAAAAUGUCCUUUUGACUGGUGCUGUUUCAGUCAUUUUGAAUGGCUGUCUUCAUUUGAAUUGUUUUUUUGCUCUUAAAAUAAAAAAAGACAAUCUUUUCCGUCAAGAAACUUUUAUCCUGGUUCGAAAGUCAGCUUUUGUAACUUUUAUGCUGCAUUGAUUGUGCAAUUAUGUAAACGGUGAAAAUUUCUGUUUCCGCACGUGAAUAUACGAAUUAAGAGCCUAUUUGAGUUUUUUCUUGUUUAACGCGUGAACAAUUGGACGUAUUAAUGCUAAAAAAAACUAUGAAUUGGUAAUUCAAUCAAAUAAAACUACGCGCAAAAGUAUGCAAGCUUAUUAUGACGGAUUUAUUUUACUUA